CACACACACACUAGGCCAGAUGUGUAUUUAGGGAUGGGCAAAUGCAAAGGCUGGAAGAAAAGGGUUUUAUUACUUUCAUAGUUCUCAUACUUGUUGGACUCACUUUUAAAACCUUUAUGAGCAUUCGCAAAGCAAGGCUGCUUUCUGAACGCAAAGUUGAGUUUUCGUGAAAGAUUCAGCUCAUAUGGUCUUGUUGCGCGAGUGGGUGAGGUCUCUCAGACGCUGUUCAUGGGAGUCUGGAGCUGUGAUUUGCAGUCAUCUUGUGUGAACUGGAUCGCUGUAGAGCUCCGCACAGUGGACAGUCAAUUAUAAUGCAUAAAAUGCUUCCACUGUACGCGCAAUCCCGAGCAAGAGUCUCCGCCGACACUCUUCGGCGCUGGCGGAACACGCACUUUUAAAGGGAGUUUACCAUAACAGCAGAAAAGAUGCCCUUCUGCAAGAGGACCAUAGUCCCUAAAGAUGUGUGCAAGAGCGGCGGCAAGAGUCGCGGUGCGAUGUUCACGGAUCUGGUGGAUGUGUGCGGCUUGACUCUGUGCGCGGUGCUCCGGCAGCUGUCGGAUUUAUCCCGUCAGUCGGUGAGCAUCCUGGAGGAGCUGGAGGGAGAGCUCGCCUCCAUCUGCUCCCGCUCCGGAGCUCUGGAGAGUAAACUUAUCAGCCUGCAGAAGCACAUCUCAGCACUGGCCACCAAACCGCCGGCCAAAACUGCCACCAACUUGGACUCGGAGAGCAAACGAACGGCUCACUUCCAAUCGUCAUGGCAACAGCAUGUGAAUGUGUUCGGCUCGUGGAGUAGGCCGGAGUGUGUGCAGGAACUGCACCAGGAGGCUCAGCUGAACCUACAGAGUCUGCUGCAAGAUUUUGAGGAGCAGUUGUAUGAUAACAGAGUGACAGGACAGACAUUCAGACAUCCUUCCUCUCAGAGCUCGGAGGACACGUCAACCUCUCUCAGCCGAUCCCCUUCCUCACUCAGCAACAAGAAGACAGAGUUCGUCUUUGUGCCUGCAAAUAAGCAGGUGUGUGAGGAUGAGACCACAACAUUAGGGGUCCGGGCACAGGACCCGACCCCCUGUGGUUCAGAGAAGUCACUUCUAGGCUGGAAUGCCUUACUGAGUCCACCUGUUGCAGAGAAACCUCGCUGGUACCUGGGCCGACAUACUCCAGCUCACCUUGUACCCAUUGAGAUCACAAGCCAGAGCUUUGAUAAGCACGCCACACAACACAGCAAACUGCGGGCCGCCUUUAGAACUGAUUCAGCGGUCAACCCAAAGACCGUUCCCUGCCCGAGGAGUGUGGUUGCAGGCCCUGAUGUCACGCUGCACUGCCAAGGUGACAGCAAAAUUCUUGCUGUUGAUCUAAUACAAGGUGCCUGUUCCCCUGGAUCCUCUCAACCCAGAUCUUUGGAGCCAACUACCGAGAACACAGGCCAACAGCAUAUUCCACUUCGGAAGACCCAUAGUGACCUGGAGUACAGUGUUCCCCCAUCCCCAAAGACCCCAUCAGGCAUGAUGGAUCAUGCCACUCUGAUAUGCCCAAACCCCUCAUGGAAUGGCCCAAAAGGUUCUACUUUCUCUCCUUCCUGGAAUGACUCUUACAACUAUGCCUUGGUUACCAGCCCUGCUUCCAAGCAACCAGUAUCUAAAACUGGAAUAAUAACACCUAAAAGUGAAGGAGGUGGUUUAAUCUGUCCAUCCCAGACCAGUUCAGGCCUCUCCAUGAGCUCAGGGUCACAUUCCAGCUCUUUCACCUCCAUCUCAGAACCAUGUGGACACCGGGUGUAUACAGUGUCCACACAAGGGGGUUGUGUCCCUGUAGGGAAAGGGAAUGACAUAGAGGGGACAGCUUCCACUGCAGGCACAGGAAAAAACAAUUGUGAGCAGGAGAAGAGAUCAGCCCGGUCCAAUGUUUUCAGGUUCCGUGAACGUUCACUUUCAACACCAACAGACUCUGGAUCAUUUUGCUCAGCAGAUAAUAUAUGUUCUCCAGGUGAGGCCAUCCCUGUUGUUUCAGAGGUUGAGAGUUAUGCCCUGUUAUAUCCAAGCAACAGCUCAGAGGAUAGCAUGAGCACUGAUAAUGUUUCCGUGACCACAGGUUCAGACUUCCUUCUGGAUGGUCGACUGAGGUCACGAUCACGCAGCAUCUCACUAAAGAAAUCUAAGAAAAAGCCACCACCUCCAGUACGUAGUGUAUCCCUGAUGAAAAACCUAUCAGAGGUUGGAGGAAUGGGCUCCUACCACAGUGAAGGGCAUUUCAUAGAUGGCAGACCCAAAAGUCUCUUUAUCCCCCGAGAUUACCAUAUUCAAGAUUCAUUCCAGCCUGAAUUCCUAAUUGCCAAAGCUGAGGAGGACACAGAUCAAGCCCACAGUAGCUUGGAGACAUCCUCUGAUAUUUCUCAGCCUGCCGACAGGGAAACAGAGCUUGGGUUUUCUCCUCACUGGCAGCUCAAUGAUUGGAAGUCCAACAACGAUCCCUACCGCUCACUGUCGGGUUCAAGUACAGCCACAGGUACCACAGUGAUUGAGUGCAUGAAGGUGCGGGGCAGCUCAGAAUCCCUAAAUUCACCGUCAACGUCACGAGCCACAUCUCCAUCCCAGCUCUCAAUCGAGGCUGAGACCAAGGUAUCCCCUUUCAAGCCCCCAUGUCUCAUGUCCCCAUCCAGUGGCUACUCAAGCCAGUCUGAAACUCCAACCCCAACUAUAUCAAACACAUUCAUCACUGGACCUUCUCCAGUUGGCUGCAAGAUGCGGCCAAAGAUUCCAGAGCGUAAAUCUUCUCUCCCAGCUUCUGCAAAGGAUAAAUCACGUUCGCGUCUUUCAUUUGAACUACCUGCAACCUCUCAGCUGGAUCUAUUCUCUGUCAAACCCAAGAAGAAGGCCAGCAGACGCCACUCUGACACAUCUACAGCCAACAAACCAGGUAAACUGAGCCCUAGUCAGUCUUCACUGCCUAUGGUUACAACAACAGACUUGCGAAACAUCCGACUUCGUUCAGUUAGCCGCUCAGGACUUGAGGACAGUCCUGAUGGCUCUUCUGACAUUAUAGAGGAAGAGCAAAGUCGAGAUCUCAGCCCUCCUAUUUUUCCCUCUAACACAAAACAGUCAAAGCCUCAAGUUGCAGUGAAGCCACCUCUGCCUAAACGACCCAUGAGCUUGAUGCUUAAAUCUCCCUCCUCAUCCCCUCUGGCAUAUGAAUCUCCUCCAUCUUCACCUGUGGACCGACCCAUGCCUGUGGGCAACAUCUAUAUGGUUGUGAGAAAGCCCAAACCUAAAAGACCAGCUCAGUCAUCACUCAGCACAUCUGUAAUAGCCCCACAAGAGCCACUCCACAGCCAUGUACCUCCUCUCCCUGAGUUUGAUCUGGAGUAUGGGAUUCCUAUUGAAGAUGAUCCUCCAUCCCCAAGUAGCCCAGAAAGUGAGGACAAAAGUAAAACCCUGCCAAGUAGAAUGACAAUAUCCUGUUUAGCAGAAUUAGACAAAAGGAAGCCUAAGGUACCUCCUCCAGUGCCGAAAAAACCCAGUGUUUUCCUUCUGCCCUCUCCAAGCACUCAUACCAAUGGCGGGGCAGAAAAACAAACUCCACUUUCUGACAACAUCUCCCAAUCACCUACAGUUCCAAUAGCAUCUGACAUUGAGGGAGAUUUGCUUCAAGGUGAAGAUCAAGAUGAUCCUUCAAAGGAAAAUUUUGAUGGAAACAAUAAAAAUUCUGAAAGUUACAAAAACUCUGGAAAUGAAGAUAAUGAUGUGGUAGUUGAAGAGAACAGUUCAAAAGAUUCAGAUUGUCAUCAAAUUACGGAAAGAGUGACACCUUCAGCAGAGACAGUAACAGAAACUUAUGCAGAAACAGAAAUAAUGGAAGAGAACAAUUCUGCUGUUGACAAGACCGAACUACAUAUUACAGAGGAAACAGAUGAUGAUGUUUUUGUUCACACACCCACAACUCACACAACUGAGGACCUCUUUACCAUCAUACACAGGUCAAAGAGGAAAGUUCUUGGUCGCAAGGAACCAGCAGAUUCUUUUGGAAACAGGCAGUGUCUGGUAUCACCUGUGAAAAGCAGCAGCACAGACCUCCAAACUCUGGGCCUUGGGACCACUCUUAGGUCAAGCUCACGAAAUGAGAACUUUAUGGCACUUCUCCAGAAGAGAAGCAGCAAAGCCAGCAGCGGGACCCGAGUUUCUGCCAUGGAGUUGCUGAAGAGCACAAACCCCUUGGCACGACGAGUCACUGAGUUCUCUCAGUCACAGCCAGAUGAGAGUGCGAACACACCAAAACCAGCUCCACAGGACCAGUGAUUCCACUUGUAGAGAACCACAUGUUGGAUAUCAAUAUGGCUGGUUUUCUGUUGCACUCAACUGCCCAUCUGAACGGUUUAAUUUACAAAGACCUCAUGCAGAAGGAAUUUAAGUGAUUUGUUUGAGUUUUUGCUUCCAGACAAAGGGAUCAUACUCAGAUGAUGUACAAUUGUUGUGGAGUAUAGUCAGUAUAAAAGGAAACUGAGCCCACCACUGAUAUAAAAUUCUGGCAUUGAAAUCUGCUAUCCUGGAAAUAUGAAUGCGAUGAUGAGACUCUUGAAUGGAAACCCACAUCAAGAAAUAUUUUCAGACUAUUAUUUGUGGCCAAAGCCUGCUCUGCCCAUUUCAGUGGUGAACAAGAAAGUGUCUUAGUAGGAUAAUCAUGUUUUAAUAGAGUUGCACAAACUCACACAGCGAGAGGAGUGUAUGAUACGAGAAGGAAACAUUCCACAAAGUUGUAAGAAAUGUCUGGUAUCCCUUAAAAUUAAGCACUUUCACCAGUACAAGAACUAGUUUACAAGACAAAAAGCUAUAUUUGUUAUUUUUCCAUUGUUUUUUUUCUUCUUCUUUGUUUUUGAAAAAAAUAUGAACUUCCAUAUAAAUGUCUUUUUGAGUUUAUUUUAACCUUAAAAAAAAGUAUAAGAUAUAAAUACUGUAUAAGAAAAUGUAAUUGCUUGAUCAAAGACACAACAGACACAAAGCUGUCCAUAUCUGUGACUAUUCUUGGGAAACUGCCUAUUAUUUUAUAAGCUCAGAGCACACAAGGGAUUGAAGUGGCCAAGUUAAACCAUCAUCAUCCAAUACACCUGAACCCACAUCUAGAGAUCUUCCCACACUGCCAGAAGUGUAAACAACAAAUAAAAAUUGGCAUAGACAAAACACACCUUUGAAAAGGAAAUUUAUGGACAAUACAACAUGAGGGAAUAGCACAGAAAGUGAUAGUCUAAUGGGUGGACACUAGACUACAGAAGAGGGUCCAGUAAGUGUUACCAGUGGCUCACUGGUAUGUUCUGGCUGUCCAUUGUGUCAAAUCUCUCAGGAAACCCAUAACGUCUAAUGGUCCAAGUGUAUAUUCUCAAAAUAGAGAAUUCACUCAACACACAAAUUAUCAGGCAGGAGAUUUACUGAGGCCUAUGGAUGGCAAAAGAAGACAUAAUACUUCUCAUUCUUGCCUCCACAAUUUUUUUUCC